UUGCAAUUGCAAGAAGACAAACCCGUAGUAUGGGAGGGUACUAUGUAUUGGAGACCAUUGUCAAACUAAGAAUCGCCCAUAAUUAAUAGUAAGAAUAAAUAGAGGUAUGGAUUUUGAAAGUCCAGAUGUGGAAAAGGAGUUCCCAGGACUGUACGCCUCAGAGUCAGCACGAAAGAGUAAUGAAAGUGAUUUUAGUGAUGAAGGGGGACAUGAUCACAAGCACUUGAAGAAGGAGCUUUUGGGUGGAAAGAAAAAAGAUAAAAAGGACAAGAAGGAUCGGGGCUACGCCACUUUGGAGGGAGAAAGUUCGCCAGAUGAGGAUCAAGACACCAAGAGUCCGUCGAAAUCAAAAAAAUCCAAAGCUUUCAAAUUUCCCUCAAAGAAAAGAGAAAAAUCUCGGGAGAAGGAGAUCAAGGACAAAGACAAAGAUGAUAAAGACAAGGACAAGAAGAAACGUGACAAAGAUGAUAAAGACAAGGAUAAAGAUAAAUUAAAGCAUAAAGUGAAGGAUCGCAAGAAAUGUAAACAUACGGAUGAAGUUGCUGACAUUGGAGAGGCUCAACCAAUUUUUGGUGCGACUCUACAAGCAGCUGUAGAACGAUCCAGAUGUCACGAUGGGGUAGAACUACCCCUGGUGGUUCGCAACUGUAUCGAUUAUCUGGAAGAAUUUGGCAUGACAACGGAGGGCUUGUACAAAAUUCCUGGUGUCAAAUCCAAAGUACAGAAUUUCAAAAAGCUCUAUAAUCAGCGAGAAAGUGUCAAUGGACUUGAUUUUGAACCUGCUAUUGCGGCAAGUCUAUUAGUUCUUUUUUUAAAAGAGCUACCUGAACCAGUUUUGGAAAACAGUGGGGUAAUAUCGAGAUUCGAGCAGGCUGCAUCGACGAAGGAAGUAGCACAGAGAGAAUCGCAAUUGUCACAUCUUGUGAAACAAUUGCCAGAAUGUAACAGAGUCCUUCUGGCAUGGAUAACGUUGCACUUGGAUCACAUCACUGCCAGGGAAAAAACGACGAAAAUGAAUGCUCAAACAAUAGCUAUGACAUUGAGCCCAGUUCUGCAAAUGAGUCAUAGACUCCUUCUAGCUCUUCUCUGUCACUGUAAAGCCCUAUUUCCAGAUAUUCAAUUGACCAGAUACAUUCCUCCGCUACCAUCGGGAAGUGCCAAUCUCCCCGAUGAACCGGAUGCCAUUGCUGUAGAACUGGCGAAGCAGGAAUCUUUGCUAGCUCAAAUACACAUGCAAAUGAAUGCUGGUUUUGUGACAAAGUCACGUGAAGAACAAUUGUGGGAAGUUCAGAGAAUCAUAACUCAGCUGAAGCGCAAGUAUAAAAUCGUUCAAAAAUUAGAGGGACAGGCUCAGAAGAGUCUGGAUGAGGAUACAAAAUCUAAUGACGAAAAUCAUGGCAAUGGAUUACAAAAAUCUACCGAUCAAGCUCAUAACUCAAUGGAAGCGAUUUCCUCGACGGUGAGGGGUGCCCCGGGGAAUGAUACAAAAUUGCAGGAACAGGUUAAGGAAAGUCAUGACCCCAGUACUCCGGGAGAAGGUGGUAUUGAAAUGCUCUCUCCAUCUAGUGAAGACGUGAUUAGACAGCCUGGUACGAAAAUACAUAAAAUCGAGAAACAAGAUGAAAAUUUACCCAAUGACCCGCAGGAAGUUCAACAAGCUCCUGUAGAAGAACUAUCAAUGGAAAAAGUGCGCGAGAGUCUCAUCUACGAAGAAUUAUUGAAUACAGAGGCAUUAUUGAGAACUCGAAUAAUGCAAGAAAAGAACGAAAUAAAAAAAUUGAACGACAUGUUGGCAGAAAAAGGACCAGAGAAGACGAUACCUAAGGAAAGAGCGUAUUCUCCAAACGAGGCAGAAAUCACUGCUAUGAUUCAAUUAUCAAAAGAAAAUCAACUUUUAGAGAAAAAAAUGACUACACUCAUUCGAAGUAUUAUCGAGGAGAAAGAUGCGUGUGUUGAACUCAAAGUUCAAUUAGCUAUUCAUCAGCUGAUGGAAAACAAUACUCUCCAGAGUCUCAAGGAUAAGAUAUAAAUUGAAUAAACGGUAUUAUUCAUGAUUAAAUUGUUUCACACUGUUGUACAUAAAGUUAUUGUCUGUAAAUUCUAAAUAUAGAAAUAAAAUAUUUGAAAUGUAAUUGUGUUUAUGAAA